CUACAGACACAUCAAAUCAUGCACCCUACUGGGAGACAGAAUUCUUCAGAGGGGAAAUCAACGAAAACGGGAAGCUUGAGAUGCUCGACCCCCUUGUCGCGCAUGACCUGGACGAGGGGGCUGAUGGAAAAAUCUGCCAUUUUAACAUAGGGGAUAGCGUUCCGUUUACAGCCAGCGUGCAGAACGGAGCAAAAGGCACGGGUUCUGUAGAGGCAGUCAGUAGUGCCAUUAACGCAGCAGUCAAAGACUGUGACGAGACGAGGGAGUGGAGAUUUCACAUUCGGGCGUCAGAUUGCGGCACGCCCCCUCUCUCCUCCCCAACUGCGCAAGUUCACAUCGUCAUGCGCGACCCAAAUAAUAACAAGCCACGCUUCUUACAAAAUUCGUAUGAAGCGACGGUAGAAGAAGGCACCGUGCCUCAUAAAUUUCUUCAAAUUCAAGCAGUCGACGACGACUGUUCUCCUGGAUUUUCAACAAUCUGCAGCUAUGAUGUUAUGACACCAGGAAUGCCAUUUAAAAUAGACAUCAAAGGUAAGAACUUGACUUUUAAAAAAAAUCUUUCAAGUUUUGAUUUGUUUUUGCUGUUUUGUUAUUUGAAUGGAUGUCUAUUGAGAUUGGUAAUGGUAAAUUCUGUAUUUUUGUGAUUGUCACGUUGAAUAGCAUUGGUGUUGUUAUUCUUAUUUUCGUAGCCUUUACAGGGGUUGUUCGCUG